AGUUCAUAAAUCUAUCUCUCCGAAGCUGAGAGAGAGAGAGAGAGAGAGCGAGCUCGAAACCGCUGCCCCCAUUCGAUUCCUUCUAGGGUUUCCUCUCAAUUAUCACGAAAUUUACAAGCUAAUUUCAUGGCGGGAAGAGAAGUUCGGGAGUACACCAAUCUCAGCGACCCCAAAGAUAAGAAAUGGGGGAAGGGAAAGGAUAAGAUCGACGACGAGGAUAUCACUUUCCAACGCAUGGUUGCAAAGAUGCAGGAGGUUGCUGGUGAACGUGGAGGCUAUCUUCAUGGGCGUGGCGCCUUGGACAGUGAUGACCUCCUCUACCUCAAGGAACAAAUGGAAGCUGAGGAAGAUGCAGAGCGACUAUUACGUCGCACAGAGAAACGAGCUUUUGCAGCAUUUAAGAAAGCAGCCAACUUAGCAGAUUCUUCACCUGCAUCAGUUCCCUUGUCUCUCCGAGUUGAACCCAAGCCUAAGAGUGGGAUCAGGCAGCAAGAUCUUUUGAAGCACAUAGUAGAAAUCAAACCAAAGAAACAAAGAGUCAACAGCCCAAGUGAUUGUCAAUUGAGCUCAUCGAUGCCUUCCCAGGUAUCUUCGAAAAGAACUCAAGAGAGAUCAGGAGUUGAUGUUGCUUCACCAGAACAAAUUAGAGAGCAGUUGAACCCAUCUCCACCAUUGCACUCUGAGCAGAAAUUACCUAGAGAUACUUCUAAUAAAUCAGCUGGAGCUGAAACCGAGUCUAAGCCCGAGGAUGCUGUGAAAACUUUGCUUGGCUUGGCAUAUGAGAGCUCUGAUGAGGAUUGAUUGUGGACCCGCGAGCAUGUGGGUCAUUUGAACUUGCCUCUCGCUGCUCUUCGAGUCUUAUAUCAUGAAUGUUCUUGUCUUAGUAUUACUAACUGCAAAAUGUUUCAAAUCAUAGAUCUCGUGUUGCUAAAAUUAGUUUUAGUUGUAGAAAUUUUAGUAUGUAAACCUUGCUUCUUCAGGUGUUUAAAUACUAUUGCGCAAAUUUAAUUCUUCGAACUUUCUUUGUUUGUUCA